AUGACCGGCCUCUCAGUCAUCUGCGUGCCAGUUCUCCUCGAAACCAACACCGAGGCGAGCCACUUGUACCGCCAAUGGGCUCGACUUUAUCACUACGGGCAUAUUUGCAUGCCUACUAUCGCUGUCUCAGCGACAGGGCUGUAUGCAUACGCUGCUCUCCGACAUCGCGCCGCCAACAACAAACAAUGGCUCGUCUACGCCAUAGCGGGUGCAACGACAAUCGCAAUAGUGCCAUUUACUUGGUUGAUUAUGACAUCGACUAACAACACCUUGUUCCAACUACAUGCAUUAGCGGUGGCGUCGCCAGAAUCAGGGGAUCUGAGUACCGCACACGAGCUCCUGGUGAAAUGGGCGUGGUUACACCUCUGUCGCUCCGUGUUUCCUCUAGCCGGUGCAAUUGUGGGGUUUUUUGGCGUACUGAAAGAGCUCGGUAUAUAG